AUGUCAGAACACACUGUUCGUAGUAGAAAUAACAGCAAGAUCCUUGGUAUUCCUUCUUCUCCAAAGAGUUCCUCACUCAGUACCCUCACCCUUAAUAGCAGACGUAAGCUGCAUUUGGAGUCAGAUAUAUCAGAAUGUGAGAAUGAUGAUCCAUUAUUGAGAUCUGCAAGUAAAAAUAGAGAUAUAAAUAGCACUUAUGUUAUCUCUGCCUGUAAAGCAACAAAAGAUAUAUCUCUUACCUCUACCCCUGAAGGUAAAUUGGCACUUCAGAGAAGAACUACAAGGAACAAAGAAUCAUCUUUGCUUGGUAGUGAACUGGGAGAUACAAUUGAAAAAACGGGUGAAAAAUGUCUUACAUUACAACGUCGUACUAAAACAGAUUCUUCAGAAAAGAGGAAAACAGCUAAAACAGAUUAUGUCCAGAAGUGGAAAACAGUGCAGGAUGUGGGAGGCAAAACAGAAAAUAAUUGUGCUUCCAAGGAAACUAGUGCGAAUGUAAAGGUUGUAAAUAAUGAUAAAAAAUCUUUUGUUGCAUCUUCUGCACCAUUAACUAAAGAUCCACCAGACAUUGAAAUGAUGGCUGAUGAGAAAUACAAAGAAACUUUUUCUGCCCUCAGUGAGGCAAAUGAAAAUGUUACUCUUAAGUAUUCAAGUACUAGAGCACCCAUUGGUUCCCUGAGCCAAAUCGAAGUUGUUACAUCAGGACACUUGGCUGCAAAACCUAUUCAGAGCAAACUGGAUAUGAAAGUGUUAGGAACAGGAAAUGUACAUCAUAGAAGUAUUGGGAAGGAUGCUAUAAAAACUUCAAAUAAAUUUGGAAGCUUAGAAAAAACAACACCUGUGAAAUGUGUAAUAGAACACAAAUCGAUACCAAAGUGUGGCAUGCCUCCACUUAAGAGUCCAUCUGCCUCAACACUGAAGAAUAGGAUGCCUAAUCCUCAAGUUAAACAAAGGCCAAAAAGUUCUUUUCUUGCAAAUACAAGGGAAAUGUCACAAGAAAAUACACUCCCUCUGGAAGAAGAAACUGCAGUUCAGAUCACUUCUACAGAAACAGACCCCUUAAAAAUAGAAAACAGUCAAGUGACAGUGGCAGUACGUGUAAGGCCUUUCACCAAGAGAGAGAAGAUUGAAAAAGCAUCCCAGGUAGUCUUCAUGAAUGGGGAAGAAAUAACUGUAGAACAUCCCGACAUGAAACAAGUUUAUAAUUUUAUUUAUGAUGCUUCAUUCUGGUCUUUUGAUGAAUGUCAUCCUUACUAUGCUAGCCAGACAACUGUCUAUGAGAUGCUAGCAGCACCACUCCUAGAAAGAGCCUUUGAAGGCUAUAAUACCUGUCUUUUUGCCUAUGGUCAGACUGGCUCUGGAAAAUCAUAUACGAUGAUGGGAUUUAGUGAAGAACCAGGAAUAAUUCCAAGAUUUUGUGAAGAUCUUUUUGCCCAAGUAGUGAAAAAACAAACCCAAGAGGUCACGUAUCACCUUGAAAUGAGCUUCUUUGAAGUAUAUAAUGAAAAAAUUUAUGACCUUCUGGUUUGUAAAGGUGUACAUGGGCAGAGAAAGCAACCGCUGAGAGUAAGGGAGCACCCCAUUUCUGGACCAUACGUUGAAGCACUGUCCAUGAAUGUUGUCAGUUCGUACUCUGAUAUCCAGAGUUGGCUAGAAUUGGGAAAUAAACAAAGAGCAACAGCUGCUACUGGUAUGAAUGAUAAAAGUUCCCGAUCUCAUUCAGUUUUUACCCUGAUAAUGACCCAGACCAAGACAGAAUUUGUAGAAGGGGAAGAACAUGAUCACAGAAUAACGAGCCGAAUAAACCUGAUAGACUUGGCAGGCAGUGAACGCUGCUCUACAGCUCACAGUAGUGGAGAUCGACUGAAGGAAGGUGUGAGUAUUAACAAGUCUUUGCUAACUUUGGGAAAAGUUAUAUCUGCACUCUCUGAACAAGCAAACCAAAAGAGGGUUUUUAUUCCUUAUCGUGAAUCUGUUCUAACAUGGCUGUUAAAAGAAAGUCUGGGUGGAAAUUCAAAAACUGCAAUGAUUGCUACAAUUAGUCCUGCCGCCAGCAACAUAGAAGAAACACUGAGCACACUUAGAUAUGCUAGCCAAGCCCGUUUGAUAGUCAAUGUCGCCAAAGUAAAUGAAGAUACGAGUGCUAAGUUAAUUAGAGAAUUGAAAGCAGAAAUUGAAAAGCUAAAAGCUGCUCAGAGAAAUAUUCAGAAUAUUGACCCUGAACGAUAUAGGCUGUGUCGGCAAGAAAUAACAUCCCUGAGAAUGAAGCUGCAUCAACAAGAGAGAGACAUGGCAGAAAUGCAGAGGGUUUGGAAAGAAAAGUUCGAACAAGCUGAAAAAAGAAAACUUCAAGAAACAAAGGAGUUACAGAAAGCAGGAAUUACAUUUCAAAUGGACAAUCAUUUGCCAAACCUUGUUAAUCUCAGUGAAGAUCCACAACUAUCAGAGAUGCUGCUAUAUAUGAUAAAAGAAGGAACUACUACAGUUGGGAAGUAUAAACCCACCUCAAGCCAUGAUAUUCAGUUAUCUGGGGUGCUGAUUGCUGAUGAUCAUUGUUCACUUAAAAAUUUUGGUGGGACAGUGAGUAUCACACCAGUUGGGGAAGCAAAGACUUAUGUAAAUGGAAAAUGUAUUAUGGAACCCACAAUAUUACAUCAUGGUGAUCGGGUAAUUCUUGGUGGAGACCAUUAUUUUAGAUUUAAUCAUCCAGUAGAAGUUCAGAAAGGGAAAAGACCAUCCAGUAGAGAUACUCUUAUAAGUGAAGGUCCAAAAGACUUUGAAUUUGCAAAAAACGAGUUGCUCAUGGCACAGAGAUCACAACUUGAAGCAGAAAUAAAAGAGGCACAGUUGAAAGCAAAGGAAGAAAUGAUGCAAGGAAUCCAAAUUGCAAAAGAAAUGGCUCAACAAGAGCUUUCUUCUCAAAAAGCUGCAUAUGAGAGCAAAAUAAAAGCGCUGGAAGCGGAACUGAAAGAAGAGUCUCAAAGGAAGAAAAUGCAGGAAAUAAAUAACGAAAAGGCUAAUCACAAAAUUGAGGAAUUAGAAAAGGCAAAGCAGCAUCUUGAACAAGAAAUAUAUGUCAACAAAAAGCGAUUACAAAUGGAGACUUUGGCUACAAAGCAGGCUUUAGAAGACCAUCACAUCCGCCAUGCAAGAAUUCUAGAUGCUUUAGAAACUGAAAAACAAAAAAUUGCUAAAGAAGUAGAAAUUCUACAACAGAAUCGGAAUAUUAGGGAUAAAACUUUUACAAUUCAGACAAAUUGGAGCUCCAUGAAACUCUCAAUGAUGAUUCAGGAAGCCAAUGCUAUCAGCAGCAAAUUAAAAACAUAUUAUGUUUUUGGCAGACACGAUGUAUCAGAUAAAGGUACUGCUGACACUUCUAUUAGGGUUCGUAACCUGAAACUGGGAAUCUCAACUUUCUGGAGUCUGGAAAAGUUUGAAUCUAAACUUGCAGCACUGAAAGAACUUUAUGAGAGUAAUGGUAGUAACAGGAGUGAAGAUGUCAUUUGUGAUCCUGAGGAUGAAUGGGAACCUGACAUUACAAGUGCACCCGUUUCUUCAUUUUCUAGAAGGAGGAGCAGGAGUUUGAUGAAGAAUAGAAGAAUAUCUGGUUGUUUACAUGACAUACAGGUCUAUCCAAUUCAGAAUUUGCAUUCUUCACAGUCAUCAGGCUUAAUGGAGAAAUCAAGCACCAUUUACUCAAAUUCAGCAGAAUCAUUUCUUCCUGGAAUUUGCAAAGAACUGAUUGGUUCAUCAUUAGAUUUUCUUGGACAGAGUUAUGAUGAAGAAAAAACUAUAGCAGAUAGCCUGAUGAAUAAUUUUCUUAAAAUUUAUAAUGGACUACUUGCCAUUUCCAAAGCUCAUGAAGAACAAGAUGAAGAAAGCCAAGAUAACUUGUUUUCUUCUGAUCGAGCCACUCAGUUGCUUACUGUCCAGAUUGCAUCUGCUUUUGAGCAGCUUGUGGUGCUAAUCAAACAUUGGCUGAGUGACUUUCUACCUUAUACCAGCACAGCAAAACUUGAGGAUGAACUGAGACAAGAAAUUAAAAAACUGGGAGGCUACUUACAGUUAUUUUUGCAGGGAUGCUGUUCGGAUAUUUCAUCAAUGGUAAAAGAAGCUCAAGAGAAAGUGAUCCAAAUUGUACAACAAGCCAUAAAGCAUGUGGGACAGUUAGCAAUUCUGAAAGGGAGCAAGCUACAUUUUCUGGAAAACAGUAACAAUAAAGCUGCCAGCGUCCAGGAGGAAUUCAUGGGUGCUAUUCGUGACGGUGUAGGCUUAGGAAUGAAGAUCCUAUUAGAUUCUGGGCUAGAAAAAACAAAAGAACUUCAACAUGAACUCUUAAGUCAGUGUACACAAAAUGAGGUUACCAAACAGAUGAAAGCUAAUGCCAUGGGAUUGAUAAGAUCUCUUGAAAACAUCUUUGCUGAAUGGAAAAUAAAAAGUUUCAGAACUCAAAUAGAAGAAGAAAAUUUUGGAUACCAAGAUUUCAAGAAGAUGAUUAAUCUUGCUCCAGAAUUCUUGAAGUUAAAACAUUGCUUAGAGCAAACUAUUCAAAUUAUUAUGUCUUCACUGAGAGGAUGCAACAAUGAUGUAAAUCUUCUCAAGAAUAGUGUCGAAAGUAUCUGCAACUUGGCCAGUGAUUUUCACGGUGAUUUCAGUGUGCCCUCUACUCCUGCUGACAGCUGUGAGAACAAAGUACCUCCGGUUGGCCACAAGGAGCUGGAAUCUGUAGCUAAGUCACUCCUCUUACAUUUUGAAUCUGAGGAAAGACCCAAUUUGUUGAAACCCCGGGAAACUUGUAAUCAGAAUCCCACAGAAGAACAACAGUCAAAACCAAGCAAGACUGACUGCAGUAAGAAAAAAGGGGUAGCAAAGCGUGUCUAUGAACUCCAUGGCUCAUCGGCAACAGUGACCUCAGAGGGAUACACACCAUGUAGGAUUCAAUGGGUGUGAAUAUCGAUGCGUAGGCUCUUUAUGACUAGCUGUGAAAGAAGAACACUUGGUAGGCAAUUUUCCUUGUGCAGGAGAAAUCAGCAUAAAUAUUUCAAAGAAGUCUAUGCCCUUGGUUUUGGGGGCCUUACAUUGAGUAUGGACAAUAUAAGUGUUAUGGAAUUUUGGUUUCAAAGUGCCUGCCUGUGCAUGUAGAAGUUUCACAACAGAUAAUUUUAAAUGGGAUAUUUGCCAUAUUAGAACAGUAAGGCAACAGAAUAAAAUUAGGAAUUAAGGACCAAGUGAAUGUUCAUGUCUCUAGAUUCAUAUUGCCUUAAAUUUUACAUUUUUUAAAACAGUUUUCUAAUGUUUAUCUUUAGCAUUGAUAUGCAACCUCUGAUUGGUUCCUUAGUCUGUUUGUAAGUGGUUAUUUUCUCAUGACUAGAAACUGGAACAAUUAGUUACCUUUCUGCUGUGCCUUCUCUCCCCUGCAGAUAGCCAGGACUAGGUUUAUGGUGAAUUGCCUAUAUAAAUUUAACUAAGACAACGGAUCUGGUACUGUUAACGCUAAAAACUCUUUUCUCAAAGGAUUAACUGGUUGCCAUUUUGAAUAAUAUGUUCAAGAUUGUAGUUUCCUGUUUGUUUCCAAUUUAUAAGUAGCUACCUAAAUAUAAUGUAAUUUUAUCCUAAUUAUAUGGCUUACUGGCAUAAUAGUUUACUAUGUUAUCUAUGUUCCAUAAUGGGGACUGUAUGAAUAUAAUUUAAAAUUAAUUAAAUGUUGCCAGAAUCAUACUCAACUAUGGCAUGGGGUUGGGAGAUCAUAGGCCAGACCUUUUCUAGAUGAUGCUUGUUUUGUUAAGGGCAUAAUGAAAGACUUUGUGUAUGAUUUGAUGAAGAUCAAAGAUCCUUAUAUGUCACAGCUUUAAAAAACUUUA